UUUCUACCCACUUUAUUUUUUUUUCCUCGCUUGGUCUGAGCACUCCACCUGACCCUUUCCCUGCUACAAACCUUUGGGGAUAAAUCAAGGAAUUUUACCGUUUUUCACUCAACCUUUCCCUCUUCUCUCUUCCCUUUUUCCUUUCGAUUCAAUGGGUAACUCACCUUCAAAACAGUCGUCGGUUGAGCCUCGAAGUCGAACCACGAAGCAGCCUCUCGUCCCUCCUCCAUCCGAACUAAAGAAAUCCAACCAAGUGAUUCAAGGACGAACCUUCCACGACAUUAGUUCCACGUAUUUUCUACCAAUGGACGAUGAAGAAAACGAUCGCUUACAUGAAGAGCAUUUUCUAAUCAAAGCCGGGCUCGGUGGUAAUCUUCUAGACGAAGCUUUACUGUCCAGUAAACUUCAAGACGGAGCAAUGGUUCUCGAUAUAGGGUGUGGGCCAGGUACAUGGCUGUUGGACUUGGCGACAGAAUACCCCAGCUCCACAUUUCAUGGCAUGGACAUCGCCCCUACGUUUCCAACCAUGAUCAAACCGCCCAAUGUAACGUUUAAAAUAGGCGAUGCGUUAGAUAACUUACCCUAUCGAUCAGACACAUUCGAUCUCGUGCAAAUAAGGCUCAUGGUGGCGGCAUUUCGCUUUGAUGAAUGGGAUACGGUUUACAAAAACGUGAUGCGAGUCCUUAAACCAGGCGGUUACAUCCAGGUCAUGGAGCCUGAUAUUCGGUUAUUUGCAGAGCACAAUGACGUUGCUAUUCAAGAUUACUCGACCAGAGUUACUCGAUUUCUUCAGAAACGCCAACAAGACCCUGAUUUAAUUCAUAAGCUUGGACCACUUUUGAAACGAAACGGCUACACCAUUAUUAUGGAAAAAGUUAACGAAUCACCCUUAGGCUGGGGAAGUCGAUUGAGUGAAAUCAUUGGCGAUGAUUACAUUCGAGGCAUGAAGGCAGCUGCUCCCAUCGUGGCGAAUGACUUUGAAAUGUCGAUGGAACAAUAUGAGCACACAUUGGAUAAUAUAAGCACGCGGUUUGUGCGAGCCAAGACUUAUAUCCACAGCUUUCUCGGACUCGCCCAAAAACCUGGCACCGACGACGACUAAUCAUCAUCCUCGCUUUAAAUCUGUAUCAUAGAACCUCUCCUUAAAGAAAAAAUCCCCCUACAAGUAUUCCAACGCCAGAAACAUUUGAAUACUUAUAUUUCUCAAA